AUGAGGUUCCGCACAACCAUCUCGGCCUUGUUGGCACCUGCCAUUGCCCAGGCGCAAUGGUGGGGAGGCGCUCCUAAUUGCGCGCACUCCUGCUUCUCCUCCUUCUUCACCUCAGCCACCGACUGGCCCUCCCCCUCCAACUACUGCGACUCCAGCCAGGGCGCCUCCGUAUCAAGCUGCCUAUCCUCCGCCUGUUCCGCCACGCCGACGGCCCAGACGUCCUACUCCUCCCUGUCCUCGUCCCUCUGCUCCCGCUGGGCGUCCUGCUCCUCGGCCGGCAGCACCGGCGUCUUCACCGCCACUUUCCCAACCAUAACCGGCCACCACGGCGGUCCAUGGGGCAACGGAGACGGGCCCUGGACAGGCGGGCCGUACACGGUCACGGGGUGCGAGUGGGACGGUUCUCCGUGGGCGGGCGGGCCCGGCGGGUGGGGCCCGGGUGGCAGGGGCGGCGGCGGCGGGCCCUGGGGCCAGUGGGGCAACGAGUGGUCGUGGGCGACGCGCACCACCACCGUCACGGUCGUGGUCACGUCGGACGGGAGCGUCGCCACCACCGUCGGCCCCGCCACGGUCGCUGUCGCGGCCAGCGGCGACGUGCGCAGCACCACCACGCUCGGCAUCGUGGGCGCGGAGCAGUCGGCGCCUACGGCGAGCGACGGCGAUGGCAACAAGAAUGCCGGCCCGCGUGUGGCGGGGGAUGUCGGCGUCAAGGCUGUCGGGGCAGUUCUGGGCGGGGUUGUUGCUGUCGUGGCUAUGCUUUAGGUUUGGGUGGUUAUUCGGGGGGGGGGGGGGGGGUUGCUGCCUCCUUUUUUCUUCUUUUUCUUUUGGGCACCUUCGUUCUUUUCUUUUUUUCUCUGUCCUUCUUUCUCUUCCCCGGAUCUCUUUUUUCGGCAGCGGGUAACGGGUGACGGGCAACGGACUGUGGGAGGGUAUGGUAUUGUGAACAAGGGAUAACUAAGGGGAUUGGGGAUGGUUCAAAAUGACAGGGAGGGAAAAUAAAGGAGAAGAUAAUAGAACAGGAGGAGUAGCUCGAUUGUCCCAUGACUCAGGCGGUUGGUUGAAGAGCAGGUUCGCCGGUCUCUGGUUGGGAGUCUUGGGGGAUUCCUUCUGCAU